AUGAUGACUGGAGGGAGAGGGUCGCUUCUCGCUUUGCUUUUCCUGCUGCAUUUCCUACUCCCUGAAGCCUUCAAGAUCUUGAUUCUCUCCUUCAUCAGAGGAAGCCAUUAUCUUAUGAUGGAUGAAAUCUCACAAGUCCUUCAUAAUAGAGGUCAUGAAGUCAGGAUGUUACUACAGACAGGCAUCCUGAUGAUCCCAGGGUGAAAAUAUGAGCAGCCCGAUACCUACCAAAUUACAACUUGGUCUGCUAGCCAGGACUACCUCAAGGAAUAUGAGAAGUGGUUUGCUGACUACAUGGAGGAUUUUCUGAAGGGCAGAGAGGACCUCAGCCGUUACUUGGAUUUCAUGAACCACUUGGCCUAUCAGUGUCAUGUCAUACUAAACGAAUCAGAGACCCUGAAUUCCUUGAAGGAUGAAAAGUUUGACAUAACAGUGAUUGAUGGUUUUAAUCCCUGCUCCUUCUUGGUUGCAGAGAAACUAGGCCUGCCUUUUGCUGCAGUGUUUCCUGGAACUUUUGCUAAUGGACCACAAGCUGGGAUUCCUAGCCCCCUGUUCUAUGUCCCAGUAUUUUAUUCCAACCUAGCUGACCAUAUGGACUUCUGGGGCCGCAUGAAGAACUGUCUAAUGUCUCUUAUUUCAGCCAUAGUACAAAAUCAAGUCCAAACUAAAUUUGAAAAUGUCAUCAAGGAGCAUUUCUCAGCUAGGUCCAGACCUGUUUUAUCUGAGCUCUACUUAAAAGCAGAACUAUGGAUUUAUAACACUGACUUCUCCUUUGAAUUUGCACAUCCGCUUCUUCCAAAUACUGUGUAUAUUGGAGGUUUACUAGCCAAGCCUGCCAAACCCCUCUCUCAAGAGCUUGAAGACUUCACAGCAAACUCAGAAGAUGGUUUUAUCAUUGUGACAUUGGGCUCAAUGUUAUCCUCAAUCCCACUCUUGGAAGUACUACAGGAGAUGAAUAUUGCUUUUGCCCACCUGUCCCAAGGAGUGAUCUGGAGGUAUCAGCAUUCCAAAUGGCCCAAAGAGCUGAAAUUGGCAUCUAAUGUGAAAAUUGCAGAUUGGAUCCCUCAGAAUGAUCUAUUAGGACAUCCUAUGGCUCAUCUGCUUGUUACCCACGGGGGACUGAACAGUUUGAUGGAAUCUGUCUAUCAUGGGGUCCUUGUUGUGGGAAUAUCCCUUUUUGGAGACCAGCAUGACAACAUGGUUCGAGUGGAGGCCAAAAAUAUGGGCAUUCCUCUCCAAACAGACCAGCUUAAAGCUGACAAAUUCACUCGCACAAUGAAGCAAGUUAUAGAAGACAAAAGGUAUAAAUCUGCAGUGAUUCUCAGCACAAUUCAUCACUCCCACCCGCUCCCGCCAGAUCAACGCCUGGGACGAUGGAUAGAGCAUGUCCUCCAGGCAAGGGGAGGAGCUUACCUCCAGCCUCACGCCUUUCAGCAAUCCUGGUAUCAGCAAUACUUACAGGAUGUUUUGUUGCUCCUCUCAGGGUCUGUCCUAGGGGUUAUCUACCUUUGUGUUAGGCUCGUAAGAACUGCUGUCUUCAGGAUCCGCAGUUCAGAGAAACAGAAACAAACAUAAUUUGAAACAUUGCGUAUUUGGUUAACACCAUCAUUUUAGAAAUGAGAAGAAGC